AUAAUCUAAAUAAAUAAUAGAAGUAUAAUUAAAAAUGGGGACACUUACUUCAAUGAUCCUUUUCCGUAUUCUCCAAUCAUGCACCAUUAAGGCAUUAAUCCAUCAAAUAAACUCAAAAUAUUUUUAUAUAAAUAUCCCCUUUAUUCAAGUAAAUUUCCAGAAAAAAUGGAAUAUGAAGACAGAGAGAAUCUAGUAUCAUCAAAAUCAAAAAAAUACAUGAUUGAUUACCAAGAUGAAGAAUUCAAGAAUCUAAGAGUAUUCCUAACUUGGUCAUGUAUUGAUCAAUCAAAUCCAUGGAAAACAAGUCUUUCAUGGUCUGUUUUCUUCUUAUUCUGUAUUGGAGUUCCAAUUAUUGCCCAUUUUGUAUUGUUUUGUUAUACUUGUGAUGAUGAAGAUCAUCUUCAACCUUUUGAUACAAUUGUUCAACUCUCCCUUUCUUCUAUUUCUAUUCUUUCUUUCUUUAGUCUCACUAAAUUUGCUCAAAAAAUUGGUCUUAGAAAAUUUCUUUUUCUUGAUAAACUUUGUGAUGAAACUGAAAAAGUUCGAGAUGGAUAUAUUCUUCAACUUCAGAGAUCAAUAAAAAUCCUAUGUAUGUUUGUGCUACCUUGUUUCAUAGCAGACACAGCCUAUAAAAUCUGGUGGUAUGUCACAGGAGGACCCAAAAUUCCUCAUUUUGGAAAUGUCAUCUUGAGCCAUACAAUUGCCUGCUUCUUGGAGCAAUGUUCAUGGCUCUAUCGAACUUCCAUAUUCUUCUUAGCUUGUGUGCUUUACCGCAUUAGUUGCCAUCUUCAAAUCCUUAGACUCGAGGAUUUUGCUCAAGUCUUUCAACUCGAAACUGAUGUUACACUGGUUUUGCUGGAACAUCUUCGGAUUAGAAGAACACUCAGAGUUAUUAGCCAUCGAUUUCGAACGUUCCUUUUGUUCACCUUACUGCUUGUCACUGCUAGCCAAUUUGCUUCCUUGCUCGUUACUACCAAAUCUCACAGUGAUGUUGAUAUCUACACUGCUGGGGAACUUGCGCUAUGUUCGGUGACCCUGCUUGCCGGAGUGUGCAUAUGCCUAAAAAGCGCAGCUAAGAUCACCCAUAGGGCGCAAGCCAUUACAUCUUUAGCAGCUAAAUGGCAUGUUUGUGCUACGAUUGAUUCGUUCAAUGCAGUUGUUGAAGGUGAAGAUCCCAUUAGUCGAUCAUCCUCGCCUCCUGCUUUCCCUUACAGUGCACAAUUCGACUCUGAUGAGGAAGGUGAUGGUGAAGAUGAUCUUGAUAACACUAAGAUGAUUCCUGUCAUUGCCAACACUAUUUCCUACCAAAAGAGACAAGCCUUAGUUACUUAUUUGGAGAAUAAUAGAGCUGGGAUCACAGUGUAUGGAUUCAUGCUGGAUAGAUCAUACCUCCAUACUAUUUUUGGAGUCGAGUUAUCCUUGGUACUUUGGUUGCUUAGCAAAACUGUGGGAAUUUCUUAAUUUGUUUCGCAGCACAAGGAUUACUGUAAAUAAAACUGUGGGAAUUUAUAAUCUGAUUUAUUUCCUUUUCCUUGUAACUUGGAAAAUUUUGUUUUCUUAUAGCAGUAUCAAGGAAAAGGAAAGGAAUUUAGUAAGUCAAAUUUUGUUUCAGACAAUUUUUGUAUAUUGUAAGCUAUAAAUGUAGAAGUAUAUGUUUUAUAUGUUAAGUUAA